AUGACACCUCCGAUGUUUGCUUUGCAUGUGACGUGUUUGCUUUUGUGGACAGUGGCUGAUGUGACUGCUCUAACACUGUCAUCAUCUUUGCGUUUCAUAUCAGUAAGCGAAGGUGAACCUGUGACUUUAGAAUGUUUCUAUGAAGAUGGUUCAGCAGUGACGUUGUACUGGUAUAAACAAGCUCCAGGACAGAAGCCACGACCUCUGUCUAAAGCGUAUAAGCGUGGCAAAAAUGCAACUCUGUUUGGUGAAUUUAUGAAUGAUCAACGCUUGAAACUGGAAAUUAGCCGUGGUAAAAAUCACCUGAAGAUCUCAUAUUUGGACAUUUCAGAUACAGGUACUUAUUACUGCAUAGGUGGCUCUUCAUAUGUGUAUAACUUUAUAGAGGGCAUUGUUAUCCAUGUAAAGAGCCCAGGAUUGAACAUCUCAGCUUCAGUCCAUCAGCCAGCAUCUGGGAUCAUCCAGCCAGGAGGCUCUGUGAAUCUGAACUGUACAGUACACACUGGGACCUGUGAUGGAGAACACAGUGUUUACUGGUUCAAACAAUCUCAAGAAUCUCAUCCAGGGCUCAUUUACACCCAUGGAGGCAGGAAUGAUCAGUGUGAGAGGAAAGACAACACACAAACACACACCUGCGUCUACAACUUAUCAAUGAAGAGCCUGAAUCCUUCUCAUGCUGGGACCUACUACUGUGCUGUUGCCUCAUGUGGACACAUGCUGUUUGGAAACGGGACCAAGCUGGACAUUAAGGAUGAUGGAGACUCUCCUGUCUUGGUGUAUUUCUUAACUGGCAGCUCAGCAUUCUCCACCACUCUGUGUGUUUCAAUUGCUUUCUUAAUGUGCAUGACGAACAGAAAACACAGUUGCCUUCGUGCAGAGUCUCGCAGCAGAUUUUCAUCUCCCUCAACAACAACUCAGGAGGGUUACCAAAAUGAAGACAAUGACUAUGAGAAUGUUUCAAGUGAGAACAGGGUCAACAGACGGAGACGACCGAGAGACAACACCUGGAGUGAAUGUGUGUACUUCAGUGUAAAGCAGUAGAGCUGUUUCAUAUUUGUCUUUGCGC